UUUUUAACAAAACCGUCUCAUGUGUGAACAAUCUCUAAAUUCUUGAUCCAUCAUAUGUUUUCGGGCCAGUAGCAUUUUUUUAAUACAGUAGUUGUCAUAUUUAUAUUUUUUCUUUACUUCAUCGUCAGAUUUAGUGGCAGCAUAGAAUUUAAGUUGUUGUUGUUGUUUCUUUAGAGAAGAAUUUAGCAAGAGGCAAAGGAUAUGCUAUCGUUAUUGAAGGGCGAGAUUCGUAGCCGCUGCGAGAGAAGCACGAAAAGCUAAUUUUGGAAAUAAAGCGCGGGGUUUUUCUUUUUUUCUUUGGUGGUUGGUUUUUCGUUUUUCCCCUCCAUUUUUUUUUCGUUUUUUUUUACCCCCUCCCCCAAGUUCAAAUGUGCUCCGUCCAAAGAUGCUUCGUCCAGGAGAACUUCACGGACGCGAGGGCAAACGGGCGGAAAAAGGAGCUCGACUCUUAUGCGAAAGACGAUGGACCCACCAGGUGCAACAAGACGAACGGCCACGCUGAUCCUGACGAGAAAGAGAGGAAGAAAAAGAACGAAGAGGCAUUCGCCAGAUGGGUCAAAAGCAAAGAGAAAAGGGAGUUGGAGAAGAAAAAAGAGAAGAAGCGCGAAGAGGAGAGGAGGAAGAUGCAGAAGACGCAGAAGGAGGAGCAGGACAAGAGGAUAAUCGCCGCCAACAGGGAGAUGUGGCUGCAGAAAAAGAAAGCUGCCAUCGAAGCGGAAAAACAGAAGAAGAAAGAUGAAGAGAAGAAACUCGAAGAGAAGGAGACACUCAAGAAGAACCUGUCGAAAGAGGUCGUCAAGGUCUGGAUGGGUAUCAGCCAGAGGAGGCCUAAGCCGACCCCGAGCAGCAUAUUCUCCAAUUCUCAGGUGAACGUCUCCUACAAGAACCCGGAACCGUGGAGGGGCGUCCUUGACGACUGAGGCCUCCGUGUACCAUCUCCCAGUUAACACCCGGAGGGCGAGAGUAGUGUGUUAGAAUCGAAAAACAAGAAGGACUCGUUAAUAAAACGUGUUAAAAUGAUUAAAAGACAACAAAAA